CUCUUCCCACGCGCCUGCAUCUCCUCUCCUCUUCUCUCCCUCUCCCCCUCCCCGGCGGCGGCGGCGGCGGCGAUCGAUCGCGAGUAGCAAUGGCGACAAAGUGCAUAAUCGGCGCGCUGGUCGGAUCCCUUGGCGUUGCCUACGUGUGCGACACCAUCGUUUCUGACAAGAAGAUCUUUGGAGGCACUGUUUGCAAGACCGCCACCGACAAGGAGUGGUUUCAGGCCACCGACGCCAAGUUCCAAGCCUGGCCUCGCACCGCUGGGCCGCCGGUCAUCAUGAACCCCAUCAGUCGCCAGAACUUCAUCGUCAAGGACCCAUGAAUGGGCGGCGCGCGGCUCGUCUUGCUCCCACCAUGGGACCCAAAGUUUCUUUUCUAGCUAGGGUUAUCAAGUUCCUAAUAAUAAAUAAAAGGGACUUGAGAGUCAGGGUAUACUCUAAUGUUUUGCUGCCGUGAGCAACUUUGGGUGGCUUUACCGCUCGCCCUCUCGUCUCUUGUUGAACUCUGUUCCUUGGUGAAAUUUCCCACCAGGCAGUAAAUUAACUAACUGCGUUGUUGUUUC